GGCAAUAUUAAUUAAAUCCGGAGCUUCGUUGGAAAAGAUCAAGGGGAUCCUCACACAAACGGGCGCAACAUUUUGGUGUGUUUUGUAAAAUUUACCCCUUCUAAAUGCAAACCACUCCCCUUGAUAACCAUUCCCCUUGCGCUACUCAAUCUCUCCAACUGAACAACAUAAAUCGUAGGGUAACCCCAAAAGAAAGGAAUACCCCGCUCUCUCUCUUUUAUUCCCCAUGUGAAGACCACAUGCUUUUGUAUCACAUUACCCCCCUCUUCAUUUCCUCUGCUUCUUCCAGUGGCAGCGCUAGCGGUGACCAGAACCGAGAAUGGGGAGAAACGGGCUCCCUUCAAUCUUCAUUGCGGCUGCAAUAUCUCUUCUCUCAGUUCUCGCCCCCGUAUCCUCAUUUGAUUACAAGGACGCCCUAUCAAAAAGCCUUCUGUACUUCGAGGCCCAGCGGUCCGGCCACCUCCCUUACAACCAGCGCGUUCGAUGGCGAGGGCAUUCGGGGCUCACCGACGGGCUCCAACAAGGAGUUGAUCUUGUCGGGGGAUACUACGACGCCGGCGACCACGUUAAGUUCGGCCUGCCGAUCAAGGCUCACACUAGCCCCAACGUGCUCUGGGCCGAGGUAGGAGACGGCGACACAGACCACUACUGCUGGCAGAGGCCUGAGGACAUGACUACAUCGCGUAAAGCGUACAAAAUCGACGCUGAGAACCCAGGGUCGGAUCUCGCAGCGGAGACCGCCGCGGCGAUGGCUGCGGCCUCGGUCGUCUUCAGGAAAUCCGACCCGCAUUACUCUCACCUGCUCCUCCACCACGCUCAACAGCUGUUUGAGUUUGGGGACAGGUACAGAGGGAAGUACGAUAGCAGUGUGGGGGCGGUGAAGAGUUACUAUGCGUCGGUGAGAAAGAAAUACUCUAAUCAGAGUUCCAAUAGAAGUCCAAAACUAUUAAGGAACGACUGA